AUGGGCUCUCCAAACUCAUUAUCUACAUUAUCUGAAGUUGCCACAAACUCAACUGAACCAAAGUACAUGCAAAACCUGCAGCCUCAAACACAAGCUUAUCAUCAAUCGAGGUUAGGUUCAACCGGUAAUGACAACUUGACAUCAGUCGAGAUGGCCAGAUCAGAUUCUUCUUCUUCUUCUUCUGCAGCAGCAUCAGCAUCAGCAUCAGCAGCAGCAGCUGUAGCUGCUAAUAAAAACCAGGAAACAUUUAUCCACAGACUUUACAACAUGUUGUAUGACCCUUCAAUCUCGCAUGUCAUAUGGUGGGAUGAAGAUGGAGAAACAUUCCACAUCCAUGCUUCGGAUGAGCUCACUUCCGUGUUGGCAAAGUAUUUCAAACACAGUAAUGAGCAAUCAUUCAUCAGACAAUUGAACAUGUAUGGUUUCCACAAGAUUAGUGACGCAACUUCAGCAACUUCAGCAACAGUACUGCCAGGCAAGAAAGUUGAUACCAAAACUGCAAAGAACAACAAAUUGUGGGUAUUUCGUCACUCACAAGGACAGUUCAAAAAGGGCGGCUACGAAUUGUUGAGCUCAGUAAAGAGAAGAAGUACAAAGUACCUCAACUCGCAAAAAGAGGUGAUCAACUUGAAAACGAUUCCAAUUGGCGACCAGUACUCGAGCUGUAGUACUGGAAUCACAACAUUAACCAAUGCAACACCAGGAUUCAAUGACACACAAGUUCAAACUAACAUGCAAACUAGACAGUCUAGAGGCUCGUACUUUGACUUUAAACCAACCCUAAACACUCCCACAAUUACAUACAGCUCAUCAGGACAAGUCCAGACACCUCCAGCAUCCUCGAUGUAUUAUUCUCAAUAUCAUACCAAUAUUCCCGUUGUACAUCAUCCAAUUACUGCACCACUGAAUGCUCCCCAUCUGAAAGUUGGUAUUCAACAAACAAAAUCUGAUAUGCUUUCUCCCAAAUCAAUCAACAGUUGCGACACUAGUAGAAAUACCUCGAUCUCGCUGUUAACGUCAACUUCGCCUGCAACACAAGAACAAUUGGCGGGCCACCAAAGCUUACACAAACACAUCGAAUACAACCAUUAUCAACUUCAUCAGCAGGCUGAUGAGUUUGUGCUGAUGUUGACCACAAUUGACGAGUUGAAAAAUUCGCCUGAACAAAUAAGUCAAAAAGUUGAAGAAUACAAACAACAAAUUAUGCUGAAAUGCUCACAGUCUAGCAAAUCCAACAGCCAAUACCACUCACACCAAACAAAUCAAACACAUCAAAUAAAUCAAGCACAUCGGCCAUCAUUACUGAGGCCCAAUUCGCUACCUAUUUCACGUCGCCCAUCACCACUUAACCAUCCACUCAUUAAAGACACCAUAAGAAGAACAUUCUCAUGGACAUCAUUACCAGAUCCUACAAAGGGCAUAAGCCGCCCAGCUCAGAAUAGCCAGGAGCCAUCGAGAACCAAUUUACCAAGUAUCUUUGACCUCAAUAUGAGUUUAAAGACUUUGCCUCCUGUAGACAACCUCUACGAUCCACUGCUGCUGCUGCUGUUACAUCAACAAUCACAACAACCACAACAACCACAACAACAUCAUCAUCAUUAUCAUCAGCAAUUGCAACCGCAUCAGCCUAAUUUAAAAAAGAUGAGGUUGAGUUGA